CUCUCUCGCCGCACGCCCCAGCCCAGCUCGCGCUCCUGGCCGCUUCUCCAGCCCAGCCGCUAAGUCCUGGCUUGUGCUUGGUGCAGCUCCGGCUGGCGGUGAGCUCUGCCCAGUCUCCUCCGUGCAGCGCUCGCCUGGGGGGGACCCCUUUGCCCUUUGCACCGCUCCCCCUGCUGCUGCUGCUGCUGCAGAGCGGGGCUCGGGUUUCAGCCGCUUGGCAGCCCGGCGCUGCUGGGCUCCGCACGCCGCUGAGCAUCUUGGGGGCUGCAUCAGCCUCUGCUCCGGGCGGCUCUCGGGGUCCCCUGGCCAGGAUGCUGCUGUGGCUGAGCUGGGCAGGCGGCUGCUGCCUGCUGCUGCUGCUCCCCGGCGGCGCGGCUGAGCCGGCUGCCGGCUGCCCCGAGCGCUGCGACCGGGCGCGCUGCCCCGCCGCGCCCGCCGACUGCGCGGGCGGAGAGGCGCUGGACGCCUGCGGCUGCUGCCUGGUGUGCGCGGCCCAGGAGGGCGAGCCCUGCGGCGGGCCCGCCGGGGAGCCGCCCUGCGGAGAGGGGCUCCAGUGCCGGCUCCCGCCCGGCGGGGGGGUGGCGGCGACGGCCACGGUGAGGAGGCGAGCCAAAGCCGGGCUCUGCGUCUGCACCAGCGGCGAGCCCGUGUGCGGCAGCGACGCCAGGACCUACGGCAACCUGUGCCAGCUGCGAGCGGCCAGCCGGCGCUCCGAGCGCCUGCAGCAGCCGCCGGUCAUCGCCAUCCAGCGGGGCGCCUGCGGCCAGGGCCAGGAAGAUCCUAACAGCCUACGGCACAAAUACAACUUUAUUGCAGAUGUGGUGGAGAAGAUAGCCCCGGCUGUGGUUCAUAUUGAAUUGUUUCGCAAGCUUCCUUUUACAAAGAGGGAGGUUCCUGUUGCUAGUGGUUCAGGCUUCAUUGUCUCAGAAGAUGGACUAAUAGUAACAAAUGCCCAUGUAGUUACCAAUAAACAUAGGGUAAAAGUGGAGCUGAAGAAUGGUGCAACAUACGAAGCCAAAAUUAAAGAUGUUGAUGAAAAAGCAGAUAUUGCACUAAUUAAAAUAGACACUCAGGGUAAAUUGCCAGUUCUGCUGCUUGGUCGAUCUGCAGACUUGAGGCCUGGAGAAUUCGUGGUUGCAAUUGGAAGUCCAUUUUCACUCCAAAACACAGUGACUACGGGGAUUGUUAGUACUACCCAACGUGGAGGAAAGGAAUUAGGGCUUCGGAACUCUGAUAUGGACUACAUUCAGACGGAUGCAAUUAUCAAUUAUGGAAACUCUGGAGGACCUUUAGUAAACCUGGAUGGUGAAGUGAUUGGAAUUAACACUUUAAAAGUUACAGCUGGAAUCUCAUUUGCAAUUCCAUCCGAUAAAAUUAAAAAGUUCUUAACUGAAUCACAUGACAGACAAGCUAAAGGAAAAGCAAUAACUAAAAAGAAAUACAUUGGCAUUCGAAUGAUGUCACUCUCUCCUAGCAAAGCUAAAGAGCUGAAGGAACACCAUAAAGACUUUCCUGAUGUUGUUUCUGGGGCCUACAUUAUUGAAGUAAUUCCAGAUACGCCAGCUGAAGCUGGUGGCCUGAAAGAAAACGAUGUGAUUAUAAGCAUCAACGGACAGGGAAUAAUCUCAGCCAGUGAUGUCAGUGACAUUAUUAAAAAGGACAAUACUCUGAAUAUGGUUGUACGCAGGGGCAAUGAAGAUAUUAUGAUAACAGUGGUUCCUGAAGAAAUUGACCCUUAAUCAGAAACAUGAGCUGGAUUUCAUGUUUUCUUUUAGCAACAGUGGACUGCUUACAUUAUGACUGUGCUGGUACAGGAAACAUUAGACUUUUGAACAACAUUUUGCUUGUUCAAAAGAAUAGUAUUGGCCAACAACACCAAUGUAAUGCCACAGAUAUUCCAGAUGAUAAUUUUUUCCUUCUGUAUUUUAUGUAUGCAAUGUAUUCUUUACUGGCUAACACAACUGUUACUGCUUAAACAGUCAACAUUUUUUUCUCUGUGUCACUCUUUCAACUAAGACUUCAACAAAACAAAAUUCAUGCACACAAUGUGUGUUGUGGUAUUCAGGUAUAAAUAGGAUAGCUGUUCCUUUAACUGGAAAAUGCCAUUGUGAUAGAAUUUGGGGAUAAAAAACACAGUUGGAAAAAUGUUGGCUUGUAAACAAAAAACAAAAUAAAAAAAAAACACCUUUUCAGAAUCCAUGCAGAAUUUUUACUACUUCAGUCUUUUCCUAGUGUUAUUAAAAUAAUUCUACAGUA